UUUUCAUUUUCAAUUUUCAUCUGAAAUUACCAUAAAUGUAAUCUAAGAUUUUGGAACUGCCUCACCCUUCCUGGUGUUUAGUACAGUAAUAGCUAACACUCUUCGUCGACUUGCGAAAAACGAUUCAGUACGAAACAACAACAGUACUUCUUUAGUCCAUAAUAUAUAAUUAAUAUGCCUACGGAUCUUUGCCCUGUCUAUGCUCCCUUCUUUGGUGUAAUGGGAUGCACCGCUGCAAUUGUGUUUGCUAGUUUUGGUGCUGCUUAUGGUACAGCCAAGGCCGGUGUUGGUAUCAGUGCCAUGGGUGUUUUGCGCCCUGACCUUAUUGUUAAAAAUACUAUUCCCGUCGUCAUGGCUGGUAUUAUUGCCAUUUAUGGUUUGGUCGUCUCUGUCUUAAUCUCCGGUAAUCUCAAGCAAACUCUUAGUCUUUACAGCGGUUUUAUUCAACUCGGUGCUGGCCUUUCCGUAGGUCUGGCCGGUUUGGCUGCUGGUUUUGCUAUCGGUAUUGUUGGUGAUGCUGGUGUUCGAGGUACUGCCCAGCAACCUCGUCUUUUUGUGGCUAUGAUUUUGAUUCUCAUUUUCGCUGAAGUUUUGGGACUUUACGGUCUUAUCGUUGCUUUAUUGUUGAAUACUCGUGCUACUGAUAAUGUGACAUGUUAUUAGGGUGAUUCAUUAUUUAUCUGGAGUCAAGUUCUUUUGCUAUAUGAUUUUAUAAAUGUUCAGCUUGAUAUUCCUUUCCACUUGAAUAGAUUCGCCCACUUUUUUAUGUGCCCCUUUACAACACUUAGUAAUCGCCCUUAACUAUAGAUAAUUUGAGACAUAAUCCUUGAUUCUUCCACGUCCAGACGAGCAUAAUAUUUGCCAUAUGAGAAAGUGUUGCAUUUACCCUCAAGUAUCUAAGUCUACAAAGGUUUAAACAAAGUAAAUUGGAAUAGACGCCAUGGGCAUAGUAACUUAAUAUCAUUUUAAAUUUUUUACGAUAAAUCAGAAUUCCUGUGAUUAUUGCACUUCGCGUUCGAUGGUUCUUCA